AUGAUAUUGAAUACUGUUCUCGUCAUGCUGAUUGCGGCGGUCACGGCAAGUCUCGCCGUUCCACUGAGUCGAACAACCGACCAGCUACACAAUACGGCGAAGGUUCCAUUCAUCGAGAAGACGCCAGCACCGCCCCAGACGCAUCUAGAACGCCCUCAACUUGUGGACAGACCAGAGCCUGGCUCUCUCAAAGAAGCCCCUGCGAGGAUGCAGCUGCGACCAGAGCCGGUUUUCACGGGAAACCGGGAUGAUUUCCAAAGACCUCAGAUAAUCUACAUCAAGAACUCUCACGCGCAUGAGCCCAACGGUCGACCGCAGCUGCCUCAUGUCGAGGGGGUCAGACGGCGCUACCGAUUCGACGACAUUCCAGACUUCCGUCAAGGUCAAUGGUGGAACGAAAGACCCCAAAUCUCCCAAGAGUACGAGCGACACAUGGAAAACAAGAAACCAUCCGAGGAGCCCGCAGUUUCCGAAUCCUCGGUGAAACCAGUAAUCGACUCAUCGCCUCCUACAAAGAAGCCGUCCGCCCCGACUAAGUCGCCGAAUGCAACCAGGAGACCGCCAAGCUGUCAGUACUCUGGACGUCGAUACGAACACGGCAGUCCUGUGAAAACACCGGAACCUUGCCUCAAUUGCACGUGUCGAGCCGGUGUCCUGGUGUGCUAUUUGCGAGUUUGCCCAGCGAUCAUCUCCGUUCCCGAAGGUUGCUUCACAGCUCGAGAGUCCGGUCAGUGCUGUGCAACAACAGUUUGUAAUAAUGCAUCAAACGGUGAGACUUCGAACGAGGUCAACUCGUUGGACACAACGAACGGGAGCAAAGACGAGGAGACCGGUGCAACGAAAGCUCCUUUUGGUCUGUCACGCGACUCAACUGCUCCUGAAAAGACAUCCACGAAUCCGCUGAUUCAACGUAUUGCACAAAGGAAAAGAACGGACUUCCUCCUUGACGAGCACGCCGUAACGCUAGUCCCAGACGAAGGCCUACCUGGCCGUCGCUUGGAUAGUCCAAUAGUGGUGACAUCAUCUCCGAAGCUGGCGUCUUCUGAACCGGCUCAGUCGGUAGCUGUGAGUGAUGGCCUGCUCGCCAAAGCUUGUUUCUCCGAGGAUGCAUGGUUCAUGGAGGGUUCCGCGAUGAUAUCACGGGUUCAAUGCGAGUAUUGCUACUGUCUGCGAGGGCGGAAGCGAUGUGUGCGACCGAGUUGCGCUCUUGCUAUGCCCGGCUGCACGCCACAAUAUGGAUCUCCUUUUGACUGUUGCCCCACAAACUAUGUUUGCAAGCCUUCGGGAUCGGCGAUGGCGACGACAACAACAACGACAGCUAGGACUCCUAUGGCCUGUGUCCACGACGGCCAGUCCUACGCGCUGGGCUCCGUCUUACCAUCGGAAGCGUGCAAGACAUGUGUAUGCACUCAGGACGGAAUAAAUUGCACAAAUGUCGAGUGCCCGUUGGCAGCCGUAGGCUGCACGGGUAUCAUUCCCGAAGGACACUGCUGCCCCACGGAAUACGUCUGCGACAAGAUUAGGAACAUGAAGAACGAGACCGAGCAAUUGAAGAUUAUUCCCGACCCUCGACCGGGCUCCAUUCGGGAGACGCAUCUCUUCAGGAGAAUCGAUGGAGAUUCUUAUGAGGCUUAUUUGACCACCACAACGUCCGCUCCUGGAGCCAUUGCAGAUCUACUUCCGACAAAAGGAGAUGAAUCGCGCGACAUGCGUCCCGAACCGAUUCCAAGUGACAAGACACCGACCCUCGAAAAGCAGGAAAGAAUCAGAUUCCUUCCGAACGAGGUGCGACUGCAGAAAAAACCGUCAACCGAGCUCCCCUCAAUAAAACAAUGGAAACUAGCUUCCAAUAAGGUAAUUGUCGACACCGAUGGAGCCAACAUGACCGACGAGGAGACUGCCAAGCUACUCUACGCUCCCGAGAUUGUCCUCGGGUCUACGAUGGAGCCCGCAGCGACCCGUGCAACGAUUUCGCGUGACGAGAUGACGACGAGCGCCUUGACCCGCGCCGGACCUGGGCCCAUCGGCGAUAGCUAUCAAGGGGGGAAGUCGGGAGCCAUCCAAGCGGAAUCAGCAGGAAGGCCUAGCAGUACAUUCGAAUCGUGGCAGAACUACUUGCAGCCGGUCUACGUUCCUGAAGAACAGGUUGAAAAGCUUGAUCACGCGGGAAGCUCACCCAAGGAGAACGAUCGAGCUACCGCAUCAAUGGAGCAUAUAGAGGCUUCAGCCUCGGACGAUUCGCUAGACGUUUCGGAGCCGAUCCCGAUGACUUCAACGACGGUUUCAACCUAUGCCGCUUUCCCCGACACCGACACUAAAUUGUCCAAGUAUUCGAAUAACAACAAGAAGAAGUCGACGUUCACAGUCAAUCUCGGGUCGCACAUAACCGUAGCCUACGAUUCUGCCGAGGUCACGACCGAGGACGGUAUAACGACCGCGAAAAAUUCCGAAUUCAACCAGUUUACGGAGUCAGACAAUCCGUUUUGGCAGCGCCCCCCGCCACCUGCGACGCCGCAGCAACAACCGUCGACGAAAUCGGCGGCUCCGGCAGCCGCAACGUCGACGACUGAGCUGCCGCGGCCCACUCCUCAUAUUUUCACGCUGCAGGAGAAACAAGAUCAUAUGACUCAGACCGAGUCGUCGCUGAAGCUCACGCGAAAACAAGGCGACGAUAUUACCACUAUUCCCGGCCUUAUCAUAUCGACGCCAUCGAGUCUCCUGCGGACUGACGAACCUACGAAAGAAUCGAAGGAGCCCGCGACCUCAUCAGCUCCAUCGUACAUCAUUACGACAUCGGAUGUUAUAAACAAUGAAGUCAAGUUCCACCCGUCGCGCCGCACAUCCCCAGCGGAAACCGAAUUCUCGACGGACUUUGGACUUCGGAAAACCGACGUGGAACCCACUGUUCAGUCAUCUGUUCCAAGCCAGAGUAUUUAUAGGACGGCAACGAGUGCAGCAGGCACAUCGGCAACCUCAUCCACGCCGUCGACACCAACGACAGCGUCGGUGUUACCGACGACAAGCUCCGCAUUCGAUUCGAGAAAAAAUACAGCGCAGCCCGGAGCGAGCAACGAAAAGCCGAAAAAGUCAUUCAGCUCUCAGCGAGCUGGAGGGAACAUCGACUUCGCUGAGGGCAUCAAAAUAUUUUCCACUCUGCUUCUGAGCGGUCUCGCCAAAGGUCGAUCGGAUCAAUCCACCGUGAGCCCAUCGAGCCCCCCCAGUCUCCACUACGAGAGCGUCACCGAAAACUUCCCCGCCACAAGCCAAUAUUCGAGGCCCGCACCGAUUCUGACGACAAGAGCGGAUCUUUCGAGUAGCGCCCGAUCUACCGCGAACCCGUCAGUUGCAUCGUCCCAAUUUUUCACAACGAACGUGCCGCUCCCAUACCCCGCGAGGGAGGGCCUCGGCAGUCAACAAAAAACUUUCGAUUCGCCGCAUAGCAGCAGGACACCUCUCGGUUGGCAAACACUCGACAAUCACCACAAUGGCCAAAAAAUCUCGAACAAAUCAGCAAACUCCCAACACAGCGUUGUGUCUUUCGGAGCAAACGACGCUCUUUUCCUACCCCACGGUCAUUACGUGGCUGCGAACCAGUCUAUUCCGUCCAAAGGCAACAAGAAAUCGUCAGGCUCGGGCUGCUUCAUCAACGGCGUCACCGUCGCUGACGGUGAACUCAUUCCCAAGGAGGAUCCGUGCAUGCUCUGUCGCUGCUAUGGUGGAGAAGAACUGUGCACCAUCAGGACGUGUCCAGCUCCUCCUAGCGACGAUUGCACGCAAGAGAGACCGGACGGAGCCUGCUGCCCUCGAUUCACGUGCAAACUCGACUCCGUGAGAGCGCCGGCUCGGGAUAUACAUAGAAGGAUCGUAGACGAUGGUUUCCACCAACCGAAUCACCCAAAAUACGUGCCUCAUAUCGACAUCAUGAUUGCAUCUCAAAAUCCUCAAAUCGGAGGGCGCACCGUCGAUCGUCCGAAUUCCAGGCAGGAGUAUAUUGCCCUCGAGGGGUUCCGUCGAUCGCCGGUCUCGGGCAAGAAACUUCUCGAUCACGAGGCAGACAAACACCGCACCGCUUACCCGGUAGUCACGCAGGAACCGCAAAGGUCGGAAACCCAAGCGGAAAGCAGAUCGGAUUCUGAUUUCACGACGAUUCCAACGGCGACACUCAAAGUCCUACUUCAGCAUGCCGCAAACACUCUUCCGACAAGUACGGUCACCAUGAGCCCACCGACGGAAGCUAAAGCUCUCUCGGGUACCGAGUCUCCUUUCGCGCGCUCGCUAUUCAAGGACAUGUCCGACAAGCACAGCGCAACGCGAGAGAAUAAUGUUCGAUUCGGCACGCUUUCCGCCGCCAAACACUCUCCCGUCCUUCACGAUUUCGUCACCGAGAAUCAGUCGCAAUCCGCGAGCAGCUCCGUGUGGAAUCUCCUCAAGGUUUCAGGCUGCAACAUUUACGGAAAGUACUACCGAGUCAACGAAGUUGUGACCGAGCUCACGGAACGGUGCAAAGUAUGCACUUGUACAGCCAUCGGUGUCCACUGCAUCCACACCUGCUGA